CGACUCGAUCCAGCUUGGCAUGCAGCCAUCAAUGGUCUUGAUUGCCUUCAACACAAAGAGCACCAACCCGAAGCAAUCAAAAGAAGUGCUUCCUGCUGCAUCAUCUCGACUGUUUUAGGUAGCCUCCAGCAGAGUCGCCACCAAAGUGACUAACUGCCAUCUGGAAAUCGUAUUUCCACACAGCAGUUGGGGUCAUCUGGCUUCUCUUGUUUGUCUCCGGUAGUACCGGUAGUGGGUAUAAAAAAGCGAACUUGCUGUGCCACCCAAGUUUCCAUACGAACCACAAGAGUGCCACCACCAUCAUAGCUUCUAGUAGGAGUAGCGCUAUCCCCACCUUGUUCCCAUACAGUACAUACAAGACAAGCAAGAAGAGCCAAAGCGAACGACUCAUUCAAUCAAUUGGCUUGUGUGCCAAUCAUUAUUAUCUCAAAAUUGAUAUUCCAUUAGCACAGGAAGCAACACCCACGAGACCCUUCAUCUCAUUUGUUUCUACCAAGCAUCAUCUAUCUAUCUUAGGCCGAAGGAAGCAUCUCUGCCCUCUUCUGCCAUUAGCAUCAACACCAUGGAACACGAGCAGCUCUCUGUCGGUUCCUUUGAACCUCUCACGCCCAGUCACACGCAGGACGAAGAGGACGACGACCAUAACCAAAGUAUCUUUCGUACACCCCAAUCGCCCGUCUGUUCCAGACAAGCUGCAUGGUGGCAAUCCUCCGUGGUCCGUCGCUCGUCUUCGGCAGUCGAUGAAGCCGUCGAUGAACUGACUGAAAAGUCGCAAUUUCUUCUCAAGAACGCAAGAUCCCCACGCACUCCCCGCACCAGCAGCAGUACGUGUGGUAGUAGUACGGCUAGUGACAACAAGAACAAGAACAACAGCAACAAUCUGCGGCCCAGUUCUUGGAAACAGCAAGAAGAAGAGGAAGAACUGACCGUUGCUCCAUUACACCGCGAAGAGAUUCUCGUGGGAAGACUCUUGGGCGAAGGAGCCUUUAGUUGUGUCUACGAAGUGACGGGCUUUGACUUGCUGCCCUUCCAAACAAAAGAUGAGGACGACAAGGCAGCCAAUCAAUUGCGACAAGAUCUACUAGUAGCCGGGAAACAACAGUAUGCGCUGAAACACUUAAAGGCGGAUCUAUUGGCCAAUACCAAAGACUUUGAAGAUGCUGCCACCGAUCUCGUCAUGGAAUCCAUGUACCUUGGAGCACUCAGCCAUCCCAACAUUCUCAAGUUACGAGGUCAACCCAUUGACGGAACCGCAUCCUUUGCCAAUCGUCAGGGUGGCCCAGGGCAUUAUCACGAUGGGUAUUUCCUAUUGACGGAUCGACUGACCGAGACUCUGGCGCAACGUAUUGAACGAUGGAAGAACGGAGAGGAUACCCAUACCAAUACGGUUCUCUGCAAGGCGCGUUAUGCCUGUCAGAUUGCGGAUGCCGUCAGUUAUCUACACGAACAACGCAUUCUAUUCAGAGAUCUCAAGCCCAGCAACGUCGGGUUCAGCGUCGAAGAUCAGAUACAGCUCUUUGACUUUGGUCUGUGCCGAGAGCUGCCGCAUCCCAGAAGAGCCAGACCCUAUCAAUACCGUCCGUAUGUGAUUGCCGAAGACGGCGAAGAAGACGAGUACUCUGUGUCGAUGGACGACAUGGAUGAAUCAUGGAAUGAUGACGAAGACGACUUUUACACGACAGCCGACACGAUUCCACAACGAGAAGAAGUCUACUUCAUGUCGGGGGCAGGUACGCAGCAGUACAUGGCUCCGGAAAUCUUGCUGCUCAAUCGAUACAACUUGAAAGCAGACUGCUAUUCCUUUGCCAUGACCGUCACGGAAAUGUUGCUGCUAGAAAAGCCGCUUCCUUGGUAUCCCAUGGACGAACACAUUCAAUACGUUUGUCGAGAAGGAGAUCGACCGUGUCUAGACGACCCGGCUAUCCCCGUUGCGCUACGUGAUUUGUUGGCGUGGGCAUGGGAGGGAAAUGUUGCCAAGCGAUGCACCAUGGCCCAAGCCCGCGAGGAACUAGAAGAGAUCAUUCAGCAGAUCGAAAAUGAUGACCAAGUAAACGGACCAGUCCCCCCUCAAGGCUCUUGGAUUUCACCAUUCGUCGAAGCGGCGCGCCGUCUGCAGGAAUUCUUUCGCGACAUUGUGGAACGGGCCGUCGGGCGGUGCCGUGCUAUCUUGAUGCCAGGCAAUCCAAGCAGUGCAACUACCGGUACAGAUCAGCCCACAAAGCGGAGGGAUGUUACCUUCGCUUUGACGUCUUCGGAAAUAGACCCCAUGCAUGUCGUGCCCACUGAGAGCGACGACCAAGACCAGGACACCCAUCAAGCAUCCACUUCCACCUUUCCUUCCAUCUCUGCGUCCUCCGCCGAUUGCUUGCUGCCGCCAACCUCUUUUGUCGAAUCCCAACCACUCCACAGUUCCAUGUCCAAGGCGGCGAGGGCCGCUGUCUUGAAGCGAAAGCCCUCGAGUGCCUCGACGACUGCCACGACCGAUGAUGAAUUUGACGAAGACUUGAUGCCUCCAAGCGCGGAUUCCUUUUCAUCAUCCACCAGCAAGCAGUUUCCCGAAGCAGCUCCCGAUGGAGGGAGCCUCGCCAUCGGUACUGCAUGAUUGCCUCUUUAUACAAUUCUUCAUUUCCCAACAUUUGCCUCUUGACUGAGGUGUACACAUGCUUUGCAUUUUCUACACGCAAUCAAGGGCUGCAUCCCUUGCCUUCCAAUUCCUGAUACCAGUCAAUCAAUUUUUGUCCAGCUACAUGUAGAUAGAUACUAGAUAGUUAAGUGUUCCACUAAGUUUUCAUUCUCCAGGAUUGGAUCUGUGUUUAGAAAUUGUGAUUGUCUUCUGGUCUAUGAAGUUGUUUGUCCAUUCCCACACUACUAGUAGCC